CGCACGCGCAGCUGCGCCAGGCAGCGACUGCAUCCCAGAGCCGCUCGUGUUUACUAGCCGGGCUUUUGAUGCGGGAGCCCGGGGUGGCGGGAACUUGGCGCAAAACUGGGCGUAGACUAGCACACGAAAGUGAACUGUCAAUCCUGGUUGAGAUGAUGGAGCCUGAGAGCCGCGUGGAGAUUGGGCCGGAGGCGGAGCUGGAAGAGAGGGAGCCCGAGGUCAAGAGGCGCAGAGUCCUGUGUGUGGAGUUUGCUUCUGUUGCUGCCUGCGACGCUGCCGUCGCCCAGUGCUACUUGGCCGAGAACGACUGGGAGAUGGAAAGAGCCCUCAACUCCUACUUCGAGCCUCCAGUGGAGGAGAGCGCCUUCAAAAGUCCCCCCGAGACUCCCUCUGCGCCCGAGUCCUGUAUUAACCUGACCAAUGAAGAAACAGCUGAUUCCAGCUCAUUGGAAAAUGUUCAGCAAGAUGACAGCAUACUCUCUGUCAUCACCUGGAAUAUUGAUGGAUUAGAUCUAAAGAACCUGAAAGAGAGGACUCAAGCGGUGUGUUCUUACUUAGCUUUAUACAGCCCGGAUGUGGUAUUUCUACAGGAAGUUAUUCCCCCAUAUUAUAGCUACCUUAAGAAGAGAGCAAGGAGUUAUGAGAUUAUUACAGGUAGUGAAGAAGGAUAUUUCACAGCUAUAAUGUUGAAGAAAUCAAGAGUGAAAUUUAGAAGUCAAGAGAUUAUUCCUUUUCCAAAUACACAAAUGAUGAGAAAUCUUCUGUGUGUGAAUGCAAGCGUGUUGGGAAAUGAACUUUGCCUCAUGACUUCGCAUUUGGAGAGUACCCGAGGGCAUGCCAAGGAGCGGAUGAAUCAAUUAAAAAUAGUGUUAAAGAAAAUACAAGAGGCUCCAGAAUCAGCUACAGUUAUAUUUGCAGGCGAUACAAAUUUAAGGGAUCAAGAAGUUGCCAAAUGUGGUGGUUUACCUGACAACAUUUUGGAUGUCUGGGAGUUUUUGGGAAGACCUAAGCAUUGCCAGUAUACAUGGGAUACACAAAUGAACUCUAACCUUGGAAUAGCUGCUGCUUGUAAGCUUCGUUUUGAUCGAAUCUUUUUCAGAGCAGCUGCAGAAAGUGGCCACAUUAUUCCUCGAAGUUUGGACCUCCUAGGAUUGGAAAAACUGGACUGUGGUAGAUUCCCCAGUGACCACUGGGGUCUUCUGUGUAACUUAGAUUUAAUUUUGUGAAAUGCUUUUCAACUAAGUGUCCAAGGUGUUCUAAGUAGUUUUGUUCUGAUUUUGUAAAUAUAACUUCUAUCUGUCUGGAAAGGUAUGUUUAAUGUGGAGGAGUUAGUGUAUUGGACCAUUAAAAUAUAAACUACUAGACUUUAUUUUGUGGGUGAUAUCCUCACAUUUUAGAACUGAUUAUCAAUGUUUAUUUAAAUUAAAAAAGAUCUGUGUUCAGAAUCUGAGGCUGUGGCAGGGCCAGCCUGUGGCACACACCAGAUUAAGUGCACACAUUAAGUACACAAGAAUCUGGGUUCAAGCCCCAACUCCCCACCAGCAUAGGGACACUUCACAAGCAGUGAAACAGGUCUGCAAGUGUCUCUUUCUUUCUCUCUCUCUCUCCUUUCUUCUCUCAACUUCUUUCUAUUAUAUCAAAUAAAAUAGAAAAAAAAAAUGGCUACCGGCAGUGGUGGAUUUGUAGUGCUGGCUCUGAGCCAAAUCGAUAACACUGUUGUCAAUAAAAUAAACAAAUAAAUAAAGACUUUUAAUGAAAGGUUAGAAAGACUACACUCAUAGCUGCCACCUAGAUUUCAAACUGGGCCACAUUAUCUCUGGGUUAGCCUUUAUGUUGAUUUACUCUCUAAAUCAAGUACCAAAAAUAAUUAAUAUUAAAAUAACUGUUCAAUAAGACAUCUUAGGGAAAUUUGACAUUUUAGUUAUAUUUCUCAAGCUCCAAUACGCUUAAAUGAAAAAGCUUUGUUUAUCUGCAUUUAAGUAGAUGAUAAUUAUUUUAAAUCACACUUUGUCAGUAACACAUUCAGCAAGCUAUAGCUGACAUCUUAUGAUGUAAAAUUCAUU